UAUUUUGUUUAUCAGUUUCACCACAUUUGCCAAUUGUGUAGUAUUUAACGCUCGUCAUGGUAAAUAAAAAGUUGCAAAAUAAUGUUAAGGACUACAACCCGGAGAAGCUAGCAUUGGGCGACUUGAAGCUAUCGCUAGCUGACUCCAAAGGUGUGCGGCGUCAAAUUCCAGCACUUGAUGCACAUUGGAUAGCUCGAGAGAAACCAUUUGGCACAUAUAUUUGCAUGCUCAGUUCGUAUGGCAACCUAAAGAGUGACGCUGCCUUGGAGGAGUGGCAACAUGUGGCCACCAAUUGUCUGCAAGAUUUCGAAUUUCUGCUGCAUCUCAAGCAUCACGAAUUUUGGUCGUAUAUUGUGCAUUUUGAUUCGGCCAUGGCUGCCAUCGUAACAUUCCUGCAACGUGCUAAUCCAUACUACAGAGUGGACACCAAUGACAGUAACACAACAACAGCAUUGAGCAAUGCUAAGUUGCUCUACAGCCAACUAUUGAAUCAUGUGAUACGCCUCAUUAUGCGUUUAAUCACCGAGAAAGAGUCGCCCACGGAAUGGUUGGCGCCGGAGCAUCAUAAAUCCUUGUUGUACAACAACUAUUUGAUAUCGGUGCCCUUGCUGUGUGAUCUGGUGAUUGCUGUGGGGGAUGCCGAUGCACAGAAUUUGCGUGUGCUGCAGACGAUCUUUGACACUGUUCUACGUCUGCAACCGGAUUACCUUAAAGAUCUGCAAGAGGGAUUGGCCUUCUAUGAGAGCGCAUUUCUUAGCAUGCAAAUUCAGGUAGAGAACGAGGGUUGCGAGGGCGCCGGUGGGGGAGCCUUACUCGAUCCUGCUGCCGACACACCUUACGAUGAUGUGGUGCUAUUUGCCUUGGACUGCGCCUACACAUUGCGUUUGCUGCUUCAGCUGUGUCCCGAUAUGUUGAUCGCUUGUGAGCAGCUUAAAUUGGUGCAAAGCAUCGCCAAUUUUUAUGACAUGACCGUGCCAAUGUUGUAUCGCAAUAUCUACAUGAUUAAUGCACACGCUAGCUCGUUACGUUGGCUGAACGAGGCGCGACAACAGUUCCUUAAUGUGGUGCGCAGCAUAACGCAUGCACAACUGGAGGCGGGACGUGGCCAGCAGCUGGUGGAGUUGCUGCAGGAAUGUCUCUCGGCGCAGACCUUUGUCAUCGACUAUCAGCGUCAAUAUCCUGUGGAGCAUGACAUUGCUGUGCUGCUCAAGACGUGUCCCAAAAUUAAAAACUACAAGGUAGACUUUGUGAUAGCUGGCUAUCAGAAAACGCUGGCCAGCUGCACCAGCGGAGUGCUUGCGGAUGAGCAGCUCAGUAAUCCGAACAGCGAUGACGACGAGGAGAGCGGAGUACAGCACGAAGCUGCAACAGCCACAGUCUCAACGGUGGCCACGAUUGAGAAUGGGAGCAGCAACAGCAAACGCGACAUUGACUUGGAGGUGAGCGCUGUGCUGGAUGUGCUGCCCGAUCUGGGUAUGGGCUUCAUACGAAGACUGCUAACGCGUUACGACAACAGCGAGCAGGCCAUUGCAGCCAUACUGGACGAUAAUCUGCCACCGGAUCUAAUACACAUGGAUCGCCAGGAGGUGUUCAUACCGGCCGAUCCGCAGGAUAAACUGCAGCGGCAGACGGGUGUGCGGCAUUACAAUGUGCACGAUGGCGAUCGCUAUGAUGUGCUCACCCAGGACAAUCCGCAAUGCAUCAUCAAGCAAGGCAAAGGAUUGCCGGGUACCGCACGCAAUGCUGAGCAGCUGCUUGACGAUAAGCGUGACAUUGGUCAGCUGAAGCAGCGGUAUCAGCAGUAUGCGCUGGUCGAAGAGACGCCGGAUGAGGCAACGGGUGCGGAAUAUGAUGAUGAGUACGAUGACAGCUAUGAGGCGUUGAAUGAUGGCCAGGCACCGCCCAUGAGUUUGUUGCGUGCCAAGCUACAGCAGGCCUCGGCUGCGAAUAGUGCGUACGAGGCGCAGGAUGCAUCUGAUGAUGAGCAGGACGACGACGAGAGUGAUGACGAGCAGCAGAAGUUGGCGACAGCGAAACGUGGCGCUGACUUCUGUGAGAAUCCGGAGGUUACACGAGCUCGCUACCAACAACGUCAGCAGGCCAAAUACGGCGGACAACGGCAGCAUCAUCAGCAGGGCGAUGUGGUGGGUGCACCCAAGGGACAGGGACAGACGCAGCAAACCACUCGCAAUCGUGGACAGAAGGAGGCGCAUAAAUCAUCACGUGCCAAUCACAAUCGCAAAGCUGGCGCCGCCUUCAAGCGUAGCAAGGGCAUGUUAUCCUAAGCGCAAGGCCAACAAAAAAUUCGUAUUAGUAGUCAAAGGUCAAUAAAUGUAUUUCGAAUUUUAAA